AGAUUAGUCACUAAGCGUGGGCUGCAGCAGGUCAGUGGCCAGGGCAGCCUCCAUGGCUAUCUACAGAUUUUCUUCAGGACAAAUGAUGUGAGGGUUGGUACAUUAGUGGGGGAAGACAAAAAUGGAAAUAAAUACUAUGAAGACAGCAAGCAGUUUUUUGGCUAUCACCAGUGGGUUAUAUGUACUACUGAAAUGAAUGGCAAAAACACAUUCUGGGAUGUGGAUGGAAGCAUGGUGCCCCCUGAAUGACGUCAUUGACUUCACUGUAUGACUCAUGAUCCUCCAACAAGAAAAUCACCUAUUGCUUGUACAUUCAUUUGGACAAACCAUAAAUUCAGCAUGAGUGGCACUCCACAACAAUAUAUACCUUAUUCCACCACUAGAAAGAAGAUUCAGGAGUGGGUCCCACCUUUGAUACCUUACAAGUAAAGACAAUGAAAAACAAUUUAAACAUGUAAAAUAUGGGUUUUUUUGUGUAAUUGCACCGUUACUGCUUACUAUUAACUUGAUUAAAAUUGUUUGAUUGAAAAAAAAGAA